GGCAAACAUGGGUGGAACCUUCCGAUGACCACUCCACUGCCUGGCCCUGCGCGGCCACGUCGUUUUCAACGUUUGCCCCGCCGACUGCCAUCGUUAGCCAAUUCCUCUUCUCGCUUGACGCCUCGCCGCCACUGUUGAAGCUUUCGCACGAAUUUUUCCCUCCAGUUCAUCGAUCGAGUCGAGGUCGCCAGUGGAUCGGAUCGCCUUCCGCUCUUUCGGUUUCUGCCGCACGCAAUCUAGGAGCCUGUCUCGAUUUUGCAUCCCAUCUUUUCUCGGGGGUUUUGAUUAUGAUAACGUAAUGUUCCGCCUCUUAUCGAUUCCUGCAAGGGUAUUGGCAUUCCAUGAAAACAGGAAAGCUGGCUGCCGCUACUCAACUUCAGGAACGUAUGGGUCAGUUGCUAAGAAAGGGUUGCCCUUUAUCUUGUUUAGGAUGUUUUCAAUCCAUAGGGUUUCUUAUAGAGGAACUAACAUGCUUGGACAAUGCAAAGCUGUGGGUUAUGUUCAACGAAGUAGUUUCUCGAAUUAUUCGGUAACUGAUCAUGCUCAAUUGUCUUGGAAGAGGCUCAGUCUAUUCUGUUCUUGUGACGGUCCAGCAUUAUCUGUUAUCAGUAAGUUAGCUUGUGUCAUAAGCUUGUCGUUCACCCGGUUCCAAGUAGUGCCAGGUAUUCUUGCUCUUGGUGUUGGGGAACUGGUGUGGGCUCAGAGAACCUUGGCAGAGGGUAAUUACUAUACUUUGAAAAAUGGUAUUCUUUUGCAGGCAGAAGCUAGCAGCCUAUACUUCUCUUCAGUAAUUUCCUCUAUCUUGGAAGGAAUUAUUUUGAUAUUCCGGGCAGCAUAUUUAACUAUAUUGUUCUUUCCAGCCGUAGUAUUAGCACCUUUUGCUGAUAGUUCUGGACCUGAAUUCAGGAAAAGAUGGGUACAUCUUGUACAUCACACUCUAGAGAGAGCUGGUCCUGCCUUCAUAAAAUGGGGUCAGUGGGCAGCAACACGACCUGACCUCUUUCCGAAAGACCUAUGCCUUGAGCUCACAAAACUUCAUACAAAAGCACCUGCCCAUAGCUUUGCAUACAGUAGAAGUACCAUCGAGAAGGCAUUUGGCAGGAAACUAUCUGAAAUCUUUGACUACUUUGAGGAAAAACCAGUAGCAUCAGGGAGCAUUGCGCAAGUUCAUCGAGCUUCAUUGAGGUUCCGCUAUCCAAGCCAACGUCUGAAGAAACCAAUUGAUGUUGCAGUGAAGGUUAGGCAUCCUGGCGUUGGUGAUUCAAUCAAGAGGGACUUUUUAAUCAUCAAUCUUAUUGCCAAAAUUUCAACUUUGAUCCCUGGUUUAAGCUGGUUGAGACUGGAUGAAAGUGUAAGGCAAUUUGCAGUUUUCAUGAUGUCUCAAGUUGAUCUCUCUCGAGAAGCUGCCCACCUAAGCCGAUUUAUAUACAAUUUCAGAAGAUGGAAGGAUGUUUCAUUCCCGCAGCCUUUGUAUCCGCUGGUGCAUCCUUCUGUUCUGGUUGAGACAUUUGAAAAAGGAGAAAAUGUUUCUCGCUAUAUUGAUGAUGAAUAUGAUGGAAAUAGUCGGAUAAAACGAGAUCUUGCGCACAUUGGCACACAUGCACUCUUGAAGAUGCUUCUGGUGGACAACUUUAUUCAUGCUGAUAUGCAUCCUGGAAACAUCCUUGUUCGGGAACCUCAAAGCAACAGAUCAAACAAAGCAAUCUUUAGACCCAAACCUCAUAUAAUUUUCUUGGAUGUAGGCAUGACAGCUGAACUCUCUAAAGGUGAUCGUGCAAAUUUGUUAGAGUUCUUUAAAGCUGUAGCUCUUAGAGAUGGUCGCACUGCUGCAGAAUGUACACUGAGACUGUCCCAGCGUCAAAGUUGCCCCAAUCCGAAGGCUUUUAUUGAGGAGUUGGAGAAGACAUUUACAUUUUGGGGCACCUCUGAGGGUGAUGUCUUUCAUCCGGUGGAAUGCAUGCACCAAUUGCUUGAGCAAGUUCGGCGCCAUAGAGUCAGUGUUGAUGGCAAUGUUUGCACUGUGAUGGUGACCAUUCUGGUUCUCGAGGGAUGGCAACGGAAGUUGGAUCCUGGCUUCGAUAUAAUGAGCACACUAAAAACACUGCUACUCAAAGAAGACUGGGCGCGAUCCAUUGAUUAUUUUUUUCCCGACCAAUUUUGAAAUUGUAUAUAUAAACAAAAAAACUUGUUAUCAGGUAUUGUUACAAAAUCUAGUUUUUCUGGUUACAUGCUUCAUUUUUUGUUCUUACUCUAUUGUUUCCAUCAAACCUGGAUAACACCUGUUUACUACAUAUUCAUUCCAUGUUUACUUCAACAGUUGCAGAUAGUAUUCAAUGGAAUUCUGUUUACUCUGCUUA